CUGGGAACCGGUCCCCAGAGGGGACACAAGAUAAGAACCCGAGGUGACAACGGGAAUCAGCAUACCUGCAACUCACUCUCCAGCUGACUCUUUUAUAGGUCUCUGGCUCACCUCCAAGGCCUGCAGGUUGUGACAGCGUGGACAACACCGGAGGACAUGGCCAGAGACCAGGACAGCACACGGACAUGGGCUGCCCUGGUGGUGCUGGCCACUGCGGGCACAGCCCUGGCAGCGGCCGCCAACCCUGGCUUUGUGAUCAGGAUCUCCCAAGCGGGUCUGGACUACGUCCGCCAGCAGGAGAUGCCUAUGCUGCAGAAGAAGCUGGAGAGCAUCAAACUGCCCGACUUCUCGGGAAGCUUCAAGAUGUCAUUUUUGGGGAAGGGACAUUACAGCUUCUACAGCAUGAAUGUCCUCAAUUUCCAGCUUCCCAGUUCCCAGAUAAGACUGCAGCCCAACGUGGGUCUUCAACUCUCUAUCGGCAAUGCCCAUGUCACUAUCAAUGGAAAAUGGAAAGCCAGAAAGAAAUUCCUCAAACUCAGGGGCAGCUUUGUCCUGAGGGUAGAAGGCGUCUCCAUCUCCGCGGAUCUGAAGCUGGGCAGGGACCCUCCCUCUGGCCGCUUCACUGUUGCCUGCUCCAGUUGCAGCAGCUCCAUCAACAGGGUCCACCUGAGCAGCAGAGGGAUCGUGGGGUGGCUGCUCCGUCUCUUCCACAAGAAAGUUGACUCUAUGCUCCGAAAGCUCUUGAACAAAAAUAUCUGCAAGAUACUGAGCAAUUCUGUGGCCAAUGACUUGCAGCAGUACAUCAACACUGUUCCAGUAACAUCCAAAAUAGACAAGGUGUCUGCGAUCAACUACAGUCUGGUGGCUUCUCCCAUAGUCACAGCCAACAGCCUGGACUUGCCACUGAAGGGGGAGUUCUUCAGUCAGGCCAGCCGCAGCCCUCCGCCCUUUGAGCCCCCAGUGAUAGCCAUUCCUCCUGACCACGACCGCAUGGUUUACCUGGCCAUGUCCGACUACUUCUUCAACACAGCUGGGCUUGUGUACCAGCGGGCUGGGGUCUUGAAGUGGAGCCUCACGAACAACACGCUGCCAAAGGGAUCCAAAUUCCAGUUGACCACCAAUUUCCUAGGAGAAUUCCUACCCCAGGUGUCCCAGAAGUUUCCCAACAUGGAUGUGAAGCUUGUCCUCUCAGCCUCCUCUCCACCGCACCUGGUCAUGCAGCCCACCGGCCUUACCCUGGCCUCUACCCUGGAGGCCCAGGCCUUUGCUGUCCACCCCAACUCCUCCCUGGCGUCCCUCUUCCUGCUCGGCAUGAACAUAACUGCACACAUGGAAGUCGGUGCCAACGCUGACAGACUCACGGGAGAGUUCAUGAUGGACACACUGCACCUGAAACUGAUACACUCGAACAUCGGCACCUUCCCGGUGGAGCUGUUGCAGAGUAUCAUGAACUACAUCUUGCCCUCAGUGGUGCUGCCCAAGAUCAACAAGAGGCUGCAGAGGGGUUUUCCCCUCCCAGUGCCCAACGGGGUCCAGCUCAGCAACCUGGUGUUUCGCUCCUACCAGGAUUUCCUGCUGCUUGGAGCAGACGUUCGCUGUGGCUGAGAUUGCUGGCGCUACACCUGGGGUGGGGACCCUGGCACCUGUUCCUGAUGGGCCAUGACAGAGGCUCCCUUUCUUCAGAGAAUCAUCUAUAGACCUUGCAAACUUCUCUGAACUCAGAUCUGGAAAUGAUCUGAACAACCAGGACUUUGUUCACUAGAAAAAUUAAUUUCAGGAAUUCUGUGUUGCUUUCAAAGCUGGAUUCCACAACACGUCCUCCAGGAGUUGCAUUUCAAUUGUGAUCAUGGUA